AUGCCUAUGUUUGAAUGUAAUAUCGCCCAAGACAACAUCGAGGAAGAACCCGGGGUAGACACAAUGAAUGAGAUUAAUGUGGCUGCUACCUCCGUGGGAGACCGAUCGGAAUCUCGCGGGUCAAACCAGACAGAGUCUAAACGGGGGUCGUGGUCUCAUGUGCGGACACACAGUGCUACGCAGCAAAUACCAGAUCAAACAGUUCACCAACUAGAAGCCGCAGAUGUUUCCAUCCCACCUAACACUCCGGUAAGUGUUCAAACCGCUGAUUUAUUAGUAGCACAGGAGAUAUCGAAUAUACAUCCCCAGACGUACCACCAGGAACCUCGACAGAACCAAGGCUCGAACGUCCCACAGUCAAAUGAUCAGCAUUUGCCAAACCAUCAACGGCAUAGCUCACAGCCUCGGGUCGAGUUACAAACCCAGCAGCAUUAUAUUACGCAAGCGAACCCAGCUUCUCAAAGUAGUCAACCUCAGUCAGCCCAGAGUUACCAGAUCCCAAACACUAUGACUCAAUCAGCGGUACACGAGAUAAACCUACAAAAAGCAUUGGAGGCGCAAACCCAGCAACAUUUCGAAGCUUUAGUCUUGCCGCCCACGCUCCGUUGA